AUGGAGAGAAACUUGAGCAUUGGACACAUGAAAGAGAAGAAGCUUGUGUUUGACCCCGACGCCCUCACCGCAGAAUACCUUGCCGAGCGCAAUAAGCGCCUUCGAAAGGAUGGAAUUGAUCAGUAUAAGGCCGCUGAAGGCGAGCUUCGUCAUUAUAAGGACGAUCUUUAUGCAGAGCCCGGGUUUCAGCGUCUGGCGGUUGUCGAGGAUGUGGACGUGCUUAUCAUAGGCGGAGGAUUUGGCGGACAGCUGGCAGCUGCAGGAGACUUCGGAGGCGCCUGGUAUUGGAAUCGGUAUCCGGGUGCUGCAUGCGAUAUCGAACCGUAUAUCUAUAUGCCGCUGUUAGAAGAGAUGGGAUGCGUGCCCUCUGAAAAGUACGUCCACGGUCCAGAGUUACUGGAAUACAGUCGAAUGAUCGGUAGACGUUACGGGCUCUAUAACAGAGCCCUCUUCCAAACUGAAUUGACAGGCCUCAUUUGGAGUGGACCAAGAGCCAGAUGGAUAACGGAAACUAGUCGGAACGAUUCUGUUCGGGCGAAAUUUGUUAUAAUAGCCAGUGGGCCCUUUAACAAGGCAAAGUUACCUGGAAUUCAUGGCAUUGGGACGUUUAAAGGGCAUAGUUUUCACACAUCUCGUUGGGAUUAUGGAUAUACCGGGGGCGAUUCAAACGGGGGACUCUAUAAGCUCCGUGAGAAGCGUGUGGGAGUCAUUGGAACCGGAGCAACAGCCAUUCAAAUAAUUCCUCAGGACACCAUCAUCAAUUGCCGAACGACAGAACGCUCCGACAAAAUCAUCGUGGGCCACCAAGUUGUGACCCGGCUGGCAGCAAAAAAGAAUAAACAAUUUCAACAUCAUCAUAGAAGGAGGCCAGCAAAUGAAGAUUUAGUCAACGAUGGGGCAACAGACAUUCUUCACAACCUCUCCUGGUUCGGUGUCGCUGCCUCGCUGAACACAGAUGACGCUGCAAAGAUCGCAUCCGAACUGCAAAUGUUGGACUUCAAGAGGAUGGAGAAAAUCCGUGCUCGGGUAGACGCCACUGUGAAAGAUCCAGCGAGACCGUGCUUCAGCGACGAUUACCUUCCCACAUUCAACCUACCAAAUGUAACUUUGGUGGAUACGGAUGGAAAAGGUGUUCAGAAGGUCACAGAAAAUGGGAUUGUUGCCGACGGAAAAGAAUAUGAACUGGACUGCAUUGUAUAUGCAACAGGGUUCCAGAUUGGCACAGACUAUUCUGGACGGAUGGACGCUUUGAUAAUUGGUGAGGAUGGAAGAUCUCUCACGGAGCAUUGGAAAAGCGGUGUUCGAACACUGCACGGCUUUUUGACUCGCGGAUUUCUUAACUGCUUUAUAACCAGUCAAAUCCAGUCCGGCUUCACGCCCAACUUUGUUUAUAUGCUGAGUGAACAGGCGAAGCAUGUGGCAUUCAUUGUCUCCAAGACUGUUAAAUAUGGAAUUCGUACAUUGCAGCCAACAGAAUCAGCCGAAGAUGAAUGGUUCCAAACAAUCAUAGAGGCCAGCCAAGGGGGUCAUCAAUUCACUAAUGAGUGCACACCUGGGUAUUUCAAUUACGAAGGGAUGACAACUGCUUUGAUCUUGCAACAAGGCGCAUAUCGUGACAGAGAUAGGGAGUUUGUGAAACGGCUUCAAGAAUGGCGCAGGACUGGAGAGCUUCCAGGCCUUGAACGCACUUUCGAAUACGUUCGCCCGCUUGCCCGUGAUGGUGUUGUUGCCUUGGCUAAGCUGUGA